AGUGGGUGGAUUUAACAAUGUUAAGUCAAACUAUAAGUUGUUAAUAAGUUUGAGUUUGGGGCAUUGAUGUCUUUAUAGUGGAAUUUCCUUCAGCCAUAAAUAUAUUAUCCAUUUCUAAAUGUCUUUUAGGAAGGUUUUACAAUUUUCUCAAUGUAGGUGUAAUUUUUGCUAGGUUAAUUCUUUGGUACUUUUAAUUUAUUCACUAUAAUUAAUGAUAUAUAAAAAAAUUUCUAGCCGGUUAUUAUUAGUGGUUUAGGAACAUUUUUGGAUUUUUUAAGUUAACCAAUAUUUGGAAACUGUGCUAAACUCUGUAUUUAAGUUUUUCUGUUGAUUUUGAUUGUUUUUCAUGAAGUUGAUUCUCUCUCUUACAACUAAUGACAGUUUUGCUUCUUUCUUUCCAAUCGACACCUCUUUUUAUAUUUGAUAUCUGCAAUAACAGUUAUCUUUUUCUUGUUUCUGAUUUAAAAGACCAUGUCUAAAAUUUCCUUACAGUUAAAUAUGACAUUUGCUGCAGUUUGAUCACUAAGCAUAAGGUUAGGAAAUAUUUUCUUAUUCCUAUCUCCUUUGUUUUUAUGAUAAAUAUGUUGUUGAACUUAAGAAAUAAUUUAUUGGUACUUGUUGAGAUAAUCAUGAAUUUUUCAUAGCAAUUUACUAAUAUGAUAAAUUACAUUGACAGUUUUCUAAUGUUAAGCCAUUUUGGAAAUUGUUCUGCUUUAUAUUUAUAAGUAAAAUAGGACUAUAAUUUUAUUUUCUUGGAUUAUCCUUUCCUGGCUUUAAAAUUAAAAUAACACUAGCCUCAAAGAAAGAUCUUAGUAAUUUUAUAAUUCUCCCUUUUGAACAUGAAUAAGAUAGAUCUAUUCCUCAACAAUCCUCUAGGUCUGUUAUUUAUUUAUUUAUUUUGCAAAGCAAGUCUUUGAUUUUGAUUUACUUGCUUACUAAGUUAUUGGCCUAUUUAAUUUUUAAAUUUUUAUGGCCAAUUUGCCACUUUCAGAAAUGUAUUCAUUUUGUGUAAGUUUUCAUAUGACUGUUCACAAUAUUGUUUUGUUAUUUUUGCUAUUUGUUGCAUCAGUAUUAGUUCUCCCUUUUCAUUCUAUAUUGUUACUCUGUAUUACAGAAAUAAUUUUCUGAGUAUUACAUGCCACCAGUUUGAUCAAUUAAUCUCUAAAAAAAAUUAUAUUUAUUCUAUUUGUGUUCGUUUUUAUUGAUUUCUGCCUUUAGUUUUAUUAUAUUUUUCCUUCUCAUUUUGUUGAGUUCCUUGUUUGCUUCUUUUGCUCAAUAUUGACAUCUGAUAUAGUUAAGGUGAUAUAUUAAUUCUGAAUGCUCCUUUAAAUCUGUCCAAUAAUUUUAAAUGUCAUUUUUUCCUUUUUCCCGCAGACCUUUUUUUAAAAAAAUUAUGUAAGCAAAUUUCUCCUUUUUCAAAGGGUUUUUAAUACAAUGUUUAUGCUUCAUUAUGGCUUGGAGUUUUUCCCCUUUUGUUCACUCUUCUGUGUCCCAAGUCUCUUUUAACCUAAAAAUGUUGUUUUUAAGCUACUUUUUUUUUGUUUUGAAAUAGGGUUUCACUGCAUCACCCAGGCUAGAGUGCAGUGUCUCCAUCAUGGCUCACUUCAGCCUCAGCCUCCUGAGCUUAAGCAAUCCUCCCAUCUCAGCCUCCUGAUUAGCUGGGACUACAGGCAUGUGCCACCAUGUUCAGGUAAUUUAUUUUUAUUUUUUGGUGGAGAUAGGGGUCUCACUAUGUUGCCCAGUAUGAUCUUGAACUCCUGGCCUCAAUCAUUAUGAAAUUGGUUGCUUAACUGUAUAAUUUGAAUCUGGAUUUAAAAAUAAUAAAUGUAAAAUUUUGUUUUUAAAAAAUUAGAAAAUAAGAUUAUGAGAGGUGAGGAGAAUUAUGCUAAGGUAUACAUGUUGGGAAAUUUAAGAAAUUGACUUAAAAAAAUAAAUAUAUGUAUUGUCCUUAGUAAGUUAGGAGAAAACAGCAGAAUAAUAAAAUAUAGCUCUUAAUGUAGCAAGAUAAUAUUUAGCCUAAUGAAAGAUAAGACAGAAGAAAAUAUACUAAAAUGAAAUAUAAAAAAAUUAAAAGUCCUAUUAUAUCAGUAAUUACAACAUACAAAUAGGUUAAGGCUGAGUGCAGUGGCUCACAACUGUAAUCCCAGUAGUUUGGGAGGCCAAGGUGGGAGAUUUUUUUUUCCAAGUGUGCAGUUAAUAUUCCUCUAAUAGGGGAAGGUUAAAAAUAAAGUGAUAGGAAAAUAUAUGGGAAAAAUAAAUGUAAUAGAAUGAUGUACAUAUGCUUAUGAAAAGACAUGUAUAGGAAUGUUUAUAGCACCACUAUGAAAAAUGCUUCCAAUUUGAAAAACAAAGAAAUGUUAAUUAAUAGAAGAAUAGAUAAAUAAAUUGUAAUAUACAGUAUUUAUAGAAUAGGAUACUAUACAUCAGUGAGAAUGAAAAGCCACACUACAGGCAAUAACAUGAAUGGAUUUUUAAAAUCUACUGUUGAGUAAAAAACCCAGAAACAAGUGAAGACAUAUGCUACGAUGCCAUUCAUAUAAAAUUAAAAAUCAGGUGAGCCUAGUCUAUAGUGUUAGAAGUAGGAGAAUAGGGGCCGGGCGCGGUGGCUCACGCCUGUAAUCCCACCACUUUGGGAGGCUGAGACGGGCAGAUUAUGAAGUCAGGAGAUCGAGACCAUCCUGGCUAACACGGUGAAACCCCGUCUCUACUAAAAAUACAAAAAAAUUAGCCGGGCGUGGUGGCGGGCGCCUGUAGUCCCAGCUACUUGGAAGGCUGAGGCAGGAGAAUGGCGUGAACCCGGGAGGCGGAGCUUGUAGUGAGCCGAGAUCGCGCCACUGCAGUCCAGCCUGGGAGACAGCGAGACUCCGUCUCAAGAAGAAGAAGGAGAAGAAGGAGAAGGAGAAGGGAAAAAAGAAUCCUCAUCAUUAAUGCAAGUGGAGGGAAACUCUUCACCAAAGAAUUGAUCACAUCACGAAAGGUGAUCAGGAUGCCCUUCUGUCAUCUGUCUACCUACAGCCUGGUUUGGGUCAUGGCAGCAGUGGUGCUGUGCACAGCACAAGUGCAAGUGGUGACCCAGGAUGAAAGAGAGCAGCUGUACACACCUGCUUCCUUAAAAUGCUCUCUGCAAAAUGCACAGGAAGCCCUCAUUGUAACAUGGCAGAAAAAGAAAGCUGUAAGCCCAGAAAACAUGGUCACCUUCAGCGAGAACCAUGGGGUGGUGAUCCAGCCUGCCUAUAAAGACAAGAUAAACAUUACCCAGCUGGGACUCCAAAACUCAACCAUCACCUUCUGGAAUAUCACCCUGGAGGAUGAAGGGUGUUACAUGUGUCUCUUCAAUACCUUUGGUUUUGGGAAGAUCUCAGGAACAGCCUGCCUCACCGUCUAUGUACAGCCCAUAGUAUCCCUUCAUUACAAAUUCUCUGAAGACCACCUAAAUAUCACUUGCUCUGCCACUGCCCGCCCAGCCCCCAUGGUCUUCUGGAAGGUCCCUCGGUCAGGGAUUGAAAAUAGUACAGUGACUCUGUCUCACCCAAAUGGGACCACGUCUGUUACCAGCAUCCUCCAUAUCAAAGACCCUAAGAAUCAGGUGGGGAAGGAGGUGAUCUGCCAGGUGCUGCACCUGGGGACUGUGACCGACUUUAAGCAAACCGUCAACAAAGGCUAUUGGUUUUCAGUUCCACUAUUGUUAAGCAUUGUUUCCCUGGUAAUUCUUCUCGUCCUAAUCUCAAUCUUACUGUACUGGAAACGUCACCGGAAUCAGGACCGAGAGCCCUAAAUGAGUCACACAGCACCCUGAAAGUGAUUCCCUGGUCUACUUGAAUUUGACACAAGAGAAAAGCAGGAGGAAAAGGGGCCAUUCCAUUCUCCAAAGGACCUGAAAGAGCAAAAGGGUGGGAGCGAAAGCCUUAAGGAUCCCACGAUUUUUUACUGCCAUCUGAGCUAUUCAGUGUUUGAAUCCCAAGAGGAAGUCAUUUUACCUCUCAGGUCUGUUGUAGGACUUGAUUUUGUAAAGCAAUGCCAUGUUAUGUGGUUGAAAGGGCACUGGACUUAGUAUCAGGAGCACUGAGCUCACAGACUGACUUGGGCUCCUACUGGUGGGGACCUCUGUUAGUCACUUUACCUCAUCCAAAGUAUAAAGGAAUUGGACCAAAUAAUUUACCACAUAGCUCUAAAACUUAAUUUAAAGUGUAAUUCCAGAAAAAAAAAAGGGAAUAAGCAAAGGGGGAAGAAUUGAAAGAGAGAGAGAAGAAAGAAUACAGAGAGCUUACCUUUUGCCUUUCUGUUGAUGUUACAUCUCUUCUUCCCGUGUUCUUAGGUCUAUGAGUCUGUUUCCCCAUCAUUUGGUAUCUAGUCCAGUUCCUGCUUACUGCUUUGCUAAUAGCUGGCCUUGCUAGAAUCCUUGGUUUCACUGCUGUUCUUCAUGUGCUUCUAUGAGAUUUACUCCAACAAAAAUAGGACUGAAUUUAUUGUGAAGUAACAUUGGCAAUCUUAACUUAUUCAUUUAACUUAUUUAUUUUUAUAGCUAGAUAAAUAUUGUUAGUCUUAGACAAUAGCUCACAUUUUUUGAGAAGCAUGCUUUCCCUGUCCAUUUGUCUUAUAACAUGACCCAGCCCUAUUUUACAUCAUUCUAAAUUCAGCCUCAUAUAAUGAAAAUACAUUAUGAAAACAGAUGUUUAGGAGAUUUCCUGUAUAGCAGUCAGCCAAUUCAUAUGCUUUGUCUCUGCUGGCUUCUUUUUCCAUGCAUUAACUUUUCACAAUAGCAGAGGAGGCAAAUAUGAGCAUACAAUCCCUUUGUUCUAAAGAUAUUGUUCCAGCUAUGGAAUGAUGUUGAAUCUUUAAUAACCAUAAUCAGUUGCUUUUUCAGUAUCUUCUGCUUUGUCUGUGUCUAUCCAGUGGCCUAGGAAUUAAAGUGUAAGUUGUUUUCGCUGUUAAAUUGGAUAUUUAUAUAUAUAUAGCAAGAUUUUCAUGUGUUAUUUAAUUCUGUAUUGUUUCUUAUAUUUGUAGUAAAAUAUUGAACAAUUAAAAGUGUUGACUCCAAA